AUGAACGCACUUAUUGACCUUCCAGCUGAAAUACGUCUCAAUAUUUGCGAGUUCCUGUGUCGUGAGGAUAUCUAUGCAUUCUGUCAAGCGUGCCACUUUUCACAAGUCCCCCCCGAAUAUGUGCGUCUAUGUGGUGGCAUAGAAUCGGUUUUCCGAUGGGCAGUUGCGAGAUACAGUCGCGUCGAAGACAUGGAAAUCAACACCCUCAACAUGUUAUUCGAAAAAAAGAAGUAUGAAUACAGCAUUAUCCGUAUCGGUGGCAGACCCGCACUGUUAUACGCUGCUAUUACCAGAAACCAUGCGGCAGUUAGUCUCUUCAUAAAAAAUGGCUUUGUCGUGACAAGUGACAGUUACAAUUAUCACUGCGGCAACAUGAUUUCCCUUCAACUCGAUGUUUUCCAAAUUGCGUUAUACGGAGUGGUCUCAGUCAUUGAAAUGAUGAUUGAUUGUUUCCCUGCAGUCAAAAACGUCGUCUGGAGAUAUAUGGAACGCCAUAUGGUCCCUUCGGGUGCUUUAGAAAGCGGGCCUAAAGCUAUUGAGUGUUUUUUAUUGAUGACACCUCCCAAACGUCAUCAGAAGAUAUUGUCUCAAGGGGUGUCUUGGAUUAUUCUGCAUGAAAAUAUCUGCCUAACCGAGAAAAUAAAGGCCGUGGGGCUCCUCCUCCAGCAGGGGGCCAAUGGAUAUUAUCCGUGCGGCAGAACCCCGCUUGAGUCCGCAGCAAGUCGCGGUUACGUUGAAAUUGUCCAACUGCUAGUUCAGGAAAAAUACGAUCCAAGACAGAUUAACCAACUCCUUGCUCAGGCCGACCCUGAGGACAGUGAUGAUGACAGUCCCGACCAUAAGAAGUGGGAACUACCUAUCCCUAAAUACAUCUUCCCCGAGCGGGCACGGCUUUUUGAGAAUUUUUAUGGGCCGGAGGCAGAGAACUUUGAGGACGACAAGCUUCUUGCAAGACGUAUCCAGACGACCAAAGAUAUGGUUGCGCUCAGUAAGCUCUGUGAGCCAAAUCGGCGGGGUAAUCGGGUCAACUGGAAUUUCGAUGGUGACGAGUCAGAGAAAUCGGAAGAGCCGUGGAUCCACGAAGAGGAGACUCUCGACUGUCCAACGGAUGUUUGCAUCAUCUGUUACGGCCUAUCGCGCCGUUCAGCUUCCAAUCCGCCUCCACAUAGAUUUCCUCCUAAGCGACAAGAUUCUCUCCGUCGUCAUCUCAUCGACUGUCACCUCGCCAAUGCGCACGGCGGAAUCAGCUGCACCUGGGAGGUCUGCCGUGAUGUUCCCAAGUUCGCCGAAAUCACCGAUUUUUUGGCCCAUAGUCUAUACGUGCACGCAUAUGACAUCAAGAUCCAGCCAAAACAUCUUCCAGCAAGGCAUCCUGUCUGCCGCAGUGAGCAUUCUUCUCUUGAUGACUCAGAGUAUCUUUCGGAAUCCGAUCGCCAUUCCGGUAUAGACACUCCAGCGUCCUCCAUCAGCGCUGAAAUGGCGACUAUCGACCCUCGCUUGCUCGAAUCCGACCCCGCCCCUGCCACGAAGUUUUCACUGCGUCGGUCAAAGAGAAUUAAAAUGUCUCUGUGA